AUUGGAAAUUAGAAGAAGAGACGACGUGUGUAGCAGAAUGAAGAGAAACGUGUCUAAACGAGGCAUAGCCAGCACUUGAAUAUAAAGUUGCCAAAAACACUACAUCACUAAGGCUACGACUUAAAGGAACCGCAAUCUCGGGGCUAAAAAAGUCGCAAGUCGCAACAUUGCUACACGGCACACGCAUCUUAAUUCUAAACACUUGCACCCUUUUCUUUUGUUGAAGCUCGCAAGCAAAGGUUAAAGUAGAUUCCGAAGCAAGAGCCACUCCAGUUAAAACCAUAACAUAGACACAAAAGCCCCUUCAUUCAAUUCAGUUUCAGGGUCACUCAUCAAGCUACUAUUUCAUCACGUAAUAUUCUUUGGUGGCCUCAAACUCAACCACCAUGGCUACUCUAACCACUCUUCCUGUUCUCCCUUCUAAGCUCAAGCCUUCGCCUUCUCCUUCUCCGCACCAAACUUUUCUCUUUCCCAACCGAAGACGUGUCAGCAAGAAGAACAAAGCGAUUGUUCCAGUUGCAAGGUUGUUUGGGCCAGCCAUAUUUGAAGCCUCCAAACUCAAGGUUUUGUUCUUAGGUGUGGAUGAAAACAAACACCCAGGAAAUCUCCCAAGGACUUAUACGCUAACCCAUAGUGAUAUCACCGCUAAGCUCACUUUGGCAAUCUCUCAAACCAUAAAUAACUCUCAGUUGCAGGGGUGGUACAACAGAUUGCAAAGGGACGAAGUGGUGGCACAGUGGAAGAAGGUGAAGGGAAAGAUGUCUCUGCACGUUCACUGCCACAUCAGUGGAGGUCAUUUUCUGUUGGACAUAUUAGCGAGGUUAAGAUACUUGAUCUUCUACAAAGAGCUACCCGUGGUUCUGAAGGCGUUCGUUCACGGUGAUGGCAACCUUUUCAACAAGUACCCGGAACUGCAAGAGGCCUUGGUUUGGGUUUACUUCCACUCAAACAUUGGAGAAUUCAACAAGGUGGAGUGUUGGGGCCCACUUAAGGAAGCCUCAGCACCCUCGGGUGGGGCCCAAGAAGAGGGUAAGCAAGAAAGUGAGGCGAGUGAGGAAGGGUUGGCCAAUGCAAAUGCCAAUGCCAAUGCCAAUGCCAAUGCCAUUGCCAUACCGCAACCAUGCCAUGAGGAAUGUGAAUGUUGCUUUCCCCCACUCACGUUAACAGCAAUUCAGUGGUCUCAAGAACCUCCCACUCCCACUCCCCGUUACGAUGGAAUUGGGACCCAACAAAAUCUAUAAACACCAAACAGAACACCUGUUCCUGUUCCUGUUCCUGUUCCUGUUCCUGUUCCUGUUCCUGUACAUAUCAUUUGGACAAUUCAAGAAUUCAAACCCCUCUCCAUGUAAAUAUUUGCAUUUUACUGCGUAACAAAUUAAAUUUGUUCAUGUAUGCUACGUCGCUUUCCAUGCUUGCUCUUUUGUCUAACAAUUUAACUCAUUUUUUA